AACAAAUCUCAUCAGAAGAGAAAAAGUGUUAGAAGAAAGACAAGAAUCCACUGUUAGAGACGGACGAUUGCAUCGGAAAAGUUGAAAAAAAGACAUUUUCGUCUCGUUUCGGUGUGCUUUGUGUACGAAUUGUCACAAUAAACGAGUGGAUUAUAAGCAUUUGAAGGUGGUUCCGGUAGAAAAUUGCGCGAUUCAUCGAUUUUCACGCAGCAGUUUUUCUUUUGGCCUGGCUGGUUGGCUAGUGGAAUAUCGAGAAGGUGUCCCGUCCAUCCGACCACCCUUCUCUGUCACCCUCAUGUGCAGAGGUCCAUCCGCACGAUUGUGUGCGUGUAGUGUUCGUGUCUUCAUAUCUGUGGCUAGUGAAACGAAAUAAGUGCUAGUAAAAAACGAAAAUAGUUCCCUAAGCUCUCCUGUUUCGGAUUCUCUUUCUGACCCAUCGCAAUAAAUGGUGGACAUGUCAUGAGAAUUAACAGAAUAGAAGAUACAAUGGAUGAAAAUAGUUCGCUGAACCACCAGAACGGUGCCGGUGGGCAGCUGAGCGGAAUCGGCGCCGGAAGUGGCCUGCAAGGGGGGGUCGUCGGCUUGGGCGGUAUGGCGAACAACAAUUCGUCCGGCGGAAUGAACAACAAACCGGUCGGAAUUGGCGGAUCCACUGCCGGUGGCCAGGACGACCAAAACAACAAGGCAACGCCUACUCAAUAUUCGAUUCCGGGCAUUCUGCACUUUAUUCAACAUGAAUGGGCCCGGUUCGAGCUGGAGCGGUCCCAAUGGGACGUCGACCGUGCCGAAUUACAGGCGAAAAUCGCAGUACUAUUAGGCGAAAGGAAAGGUCAGGAAUCUCUCAAAUCCGACCUCAUUAGGCGUAUUAAAAUGUUAGAAUAUGCUCUGAAACAGGAAAGGGCAAAAUUCCACCGGUUAAAGUACGGCGUUGAUCCACCCAUGAACGACAUUAAGCCCCCUUCGGAUGAUCCAGGCAUCGGCACCGAGGUAGCUCCAGAUCCCGAAGUACCGUACAGCUCCGUGUCCAAUAUAACAUGGAGGCAAGGCAGACAACUGCUUCGGCAGUAUUUACAGGAGAUUGGGUACACCGAAACCAUUCUUGACAUUCGUUCGACCCGAGUCCGUUCGUUACUAGGGUUAAACAACAACAGCGAACAGGAGGAGAAUGUCAACCCAAAUAUCAAUGGAGGAAGCGAAAACAACAAGCGUGCUAGCGAGUCGCAAGGUCGCCGGACACCGGCAAAAAAAUCCCAAUCUUCAAUGAAUGAAGCAAUGAUAAUGGACUCGGAGGCAGCAGUCAUAGCAAAUUUCGAAUUCCUGGCACAGGCCGAUGCCGAAAUGUCCGACGAUGACGACAUGUCGGACGAGAUCGGCGAGAACGAGGAAACGGAUAUGAAAACGACAAAGCGAAAAGCCAAAGGUGUUACUAUGAAUGACGAUGAUGUCGAUGCUGAAGCAGACGAAGUAAUCAAUGAAUUGAAUCUGCUAACAGAAGGUGAGGACAGCAAUUUGACUGAAAGCAGGAAAAUUGACGGAGGGGAUUUAUUUGUUGGUUAUAACAAACCCGCCAUCCCACGUCAUCCCACGAUACCCGGCAUCACCAACGACGAAGAGGUCGAUUCGUCACUAGGGCUAGGCGAAUUGGCGCAGCUGACUGUCAACAAUGAGGCCGAGUCGACGUACGAGGUGUCCAACGCUAAAGAACCAUACCGUAAAACCUGGAAUGCCAAGUACACGCUACGGUCGCACUUUGACGGAGUUCGCGCCCUUGCUUUUCACCCACAAGAACCAGUUCUGAUAACUGCCUCUGAAGAUCACACACUUAAACUGUGGAAUUUACAGAAAACCGUGCCAGCCAAAAAAUCAGCUAGUCUCGAUGUCGAACCACUUUACACGUUUCGUUCGCAUAACGGUCCGGUGCUGUGCUUGGCAAUGUCCGCUACAGGAGAACAGUGCUACUCAGGUGGAUUAGAUGGCGCAAUCAAUUGUUGGAACUUACCAAGUUCCAACAUUGACCCGUACGAUAGCUAUGACCCCGAGGUCAUGAAAUGUACGCUGGACGGACACACCAAUGCCGUAUGGGGUCUGGCAGUGAACCAUGCGAAAAACAGUCUGGUGUCAUGUUCCGCCGACGGUACGGUCAAAUUGUGGACACCUUCAGGUAAAAUUCCACAGCUGAACACGACGUUUACUUCCGAAACGGAAGGUGUUCCAACAUCGGUCGAUUUCGUACGAGAUCAAACUGACAGAAUAGUGGUCGCCUACAGUAGUACACACUGCAUAAUCUACGACACCGAGACAGGAAGACAAGUGGUGAAACUGGAAGCCAGUCAGGAGAUGACUGGUAAUGUAGGAAAACAUAUUAACAAAGUUGUUAGCCAUCCGACGCUACCGAUCACGAUAACGGCGCAUGAGGAUCGACAUAUUCGCUUCUGGGAUAACACAACCGGUUCGCUAAUACACUCAAUGGUGGCCCAUUUGGACGCCGUGACCAGUCUGGCAAUUGACUCCCACGGGUUGUAUCUUCUGUCGGGAUCGCACGACUGCUCGAUUCGUCUGUGGCACAUGGAUAACAAAACGUGUGUGCAGGAGAUUACGGCACAUCGCAAGAAGUUUGACGAGAGCAUAUUAGAUGUUGCAUUUCAUCCAUCAAAACCGUAUAUUGCUAGUGCCGGUGCCGAUGCAAUCGCUAAAGUGUUCGUUUAAUGUACUGUCGUGAAGGAAUCAAGUGAAAAUUAAACAAAAAGCAAAACAAGUUCUUUAUACAUUAUGAUAUAAACGUAAAAAAAUGCGAGCGGUGGAAAAAGCAAAUGAUGGCGAUACACAAGAGGCAAGAGAAAAGAAAGUAGUCGUUUUUAAUUAUCACGAACAUUCUAGUUACAAAAUAUAACAAAUAAAAAAUGAAAAGGAAGCAAGUAAAACUGACUUAGUAAUAUGCAUGAUAAUUUUUACAUAAACGCAAAAACACAUGGAUACACAAAAUAACAUACAUAUACACUUACAAAAAAAAUCUAGUAUUUGGAUGCUGAAUACUACCAAGCAAUUACAUGUUUCAGAGCGACCAGUUUUAAAUAAAAGUGCAGCAACACACCUAACAAACAGUGAAUCAAUCUGCCGACAUUAAGAUCCACAACAGCAACAAAAUCCAGCAAACGAAUUUUUAUAUAGACGAUUUAUAAACUAAUGCAAAAACACAAAACAAUACGACAUCGGCAAGCAGGCAAAGGAACGUUUGUAGGAAAUCAAUCCCCUUUUCUUUCUUCGCCUUCAACAGUCAACUAAUGCUCCCUCUUGGCCCCUUACCCACGUUCCGCUUGACAAAGCAAUUCCGGACGAAUGAAUCUUGUGCGACAGUCAGUCCAUCAAUUCCCGUCGAGAAGCAUUAUUUCCCACUCGGUAGUCUGUAUAUCUUUUAAAUAAAUAGUUUUUUUUAUGUUGCUAGAACAACACGGGACAAAAUAUAAUAAGCAGAAACAUAAUGUUGAAACAAGUAUAGAGGACACACAUUCAUGGAUUUCAACGUGAGUUUUAGAUCGUAGUGUAGAAAGUGAUAAGAAAUGAUAUAAAAAGCGAAUGAAAAAGCAAAACUAUGUGUAACUAUGUAGACUUCUAUACACACACACAGAUAGUGGAUAGAACAAGAUAAUAAAAAAUGUAGUCACAGCAAAAUUAAAGCGAGUUAACUUCUAGAAACCAGUCGGCAGAAAAAAAAAAAUAAUUGACCGCAUUCGACAGCCGAGGGCUGAGCGGAAAAGGAAAAAAAAACUAAUAAAAUGUAUUUAUUUUACUCAUAUAUUCGUAAUAUGUUGUUAAUUAAUGAUUUGAUCUAUUAUAAAUAAAGUGUAGAUUAAUUA